UCCACCAUCCUCUUGCUUGCUCUAGCUUCCCCUGAUAAUGCGGUGGUCACCAGUCAAAGUUUAGGCACAAAAAAUAGACUGAAAAACAAUGGCUCUACUCCCAUAUCUCCGCGCUAUUAUCACUCACUUUUACAGGCCAACAAAACCGCCUCCACUUUUAUCCUUAUCCUCUCUUUUCUUCCCCCAAAAACUAUCUUUUCUCCUCCCUCUCUCUUCUAAACCCCAACCCCAUAAGCCCCUUGCCGUCACUCGCCAAGAGACCACUUUCGUCUCCAACAACGAUGAGCGCGUGGUGGGUUUGGGUUCAGUGAACCAGGGCGAUCCAAUUCAGACCCAGAGCUCGACCAGCACCAUUGCAGCCAUUGUCACUUCUUUAGGAGGCCCUCCUGCUGCCGUUGGCAUUGUUCGUUUGUCUGGUCCCACCGCUAUCGACAUUGCCGGCCGUGUCUUUUUUCCGGCAAAGAAGAAGAGGAGGUUUCAUUCAGGUUCGGGUACUUGGGGGCCUACCAGUCAUGUUGUUGAGUAUGGCGUUGUCUUGGAUUCUCAGGGGAAUGUAGUUGAUGAGGUUUUAGCUGUGCCAAUGCUGGCUCCCAAAUCAUAUACUCGUGAAGAUGUGGUUGAGCUUCAGUGCCAUGGGAGUGAAGUGUGUCUGCGUCGUGUGUUGAAGGCUUGUUUAGAAGCUGGAGCAAGGCUUGCUGAACCAGGCGAGUUUACCCUUCGUGCAUUUCUAAAUGGUCGCUUAGAUCUUUCCCAAGCUGAAAAUGUUGGAAAAUUAAUUUCAGCCAAGUCCGUCGCUGCUGCUGAUGCAGCUUUGGCAGGAAUUCAGGGCGGCUUCUCUUCUUUAGUCAGAUCAUUGCGAGGACAGUGCAUUGAGUUGCUUACUGAGAUAGAGGCUCGUUUAGAUUUUGAGGAUGAGAUGCCACCACUAGAUUUCAACCUUAUUAUGGAUAGAAUACAUGCUAUGUCACAAGAUGUAGAGCAUGCGCUGGAGACCGCCAAUUAUGAUAAGCUUCUGCAAUCAGGAUUGCAGAUAGCAAUUGUUGGCCGUCCAAAUGUUGGGAAGUCAAGCCUUCUUAAUGCAUGGAGCAAAAGUGAGAAGGCAAUAGUUACAGAGAUUGCAGGAACCACUAGGGAUGUGGUGGAAGCCAGUAUAACUGUUUCUGGUGUCCCCAUAACACUUCUUGAUACUGCAGGCAUCAGGGAAACUGAUGAUGUUGUGGAGAAGAUUGGUGUGGAGAGAUCUGAAGCUGUUGCUACGGGUGCUGAUGUCAUUAUCAUGACAGUGAGUGCUCUUGAUGGAUGGACUAUGGAAGAUGCUAAACUUCUUGAGAGGAUUCAAUCCAAUAAGAGAUCAUCUGUCCCAAUGAUUCUAGUUAUCAAUAAAGUAGACUGUGCGUCAUCUACUUGCUCUGAUUGGGUGGAUAGGGAAGCCAAGUCUUUCAGUAAGCAUGUGUUUACAUGUGCCAUAACUGGUCAAGGGAUACAAGAUUUGGAGAAAACAAUCUUAGAGAUUGUUGGCCUAAACCAGAUUCCCUCUGGGGGACGCAAAUGGACUGUGAACCAGAGACAAUGUGAACAGCUCAUGCGUGCCAAGGAGGCUCUGGUGAGAUUGAAAUCAUCAAUAAAGGAGGAACUACCUCUUGAUUUUUGGACAAUUGAUUUAAAGGAUGCUGCCUUGGCCGUGGGCCAGAUAAGCGGAGAAGACAUUUCCGAGGAGAUUUUAUCCAACAUCUUUGGCAAAUUCUGUAUUGGUAAAUAGUUCUUUGUGAAGAAGAUCAUGUAAAGCACAAAAUUUUGCUGCCAGUUUAUUCCUUUUACUGCUGUCAACGAAAUUUGUUAAAAUUGUGGCUAAACAUGUCGUAAUAAUUGUAUAACGAUAUCUUACUGCAUCCAGACAGUUGAAUUUACGAUAUUUUUUAACACAUGGUGAAAGUCAUUUCCCUACAAUAUGAUUUUACAAACUAAAAAUUUAUUAAGAGAGGGUCACUCGAU